GGCGGAUGGGCGGAAACAAGGCGGCAACUAGGAAGUGAAGAUGAGUUGUGACAGAAAUAUAUUUACUGUAGUUUAUUACCGUUAACUUUCUAUCGUUUUGACUACGGGACGUCGAAAAUGUCUGUACGAAAACGUCGAGGCAACGAUUUACACAAGACAACACAAACUAGCGCUCCUGGUGGAUUGAAGGAAAAUGUGCCACAGCAGAAAAGGCAGCACUUCCACUUAGACCUGUGGUUCUGCCUGACUCUGCAGAACUGGAUACUGGACUUUGGAAGGCCUAUUGUCAUGAUUAUCCUUCCUCUGGAGUGGUUUCCCCUGAACAAGCCCAGUGCUGGAGACUAUUUCCACAUGGCCUACAAUGUCAUAACACCAUUCCUGAUGCUCAAGCUGAUUGAGCGCAGUCCCAGGGCGCUGCCUCGCUCAGCGGUCUACCUCUGCAUCAUCACGUUUGUCAUGGGAGCCAGCAUCCACCUGGUGGGAGACUCCAUCAACCAUCGGCUCAUCCUGAGUGGCUACCAGCUCCACCUGUCAGUCAGAGAGAACCCCAUCAUCAAAGACCUCAAACCUGCCUCACUGAUCGACUCCUUUGAGCUGCUGUAUUAUUAUGAUGAACAGCUGGGACACCUGAUGUGGUAUAUUCCUUUCUUCAUCAUUCUGUUCAUCUAUUUCACCGGCUGCUUCACCAAGGCCAAAGAACAGAAGAAGAUUCCCGUCUCUGGUUGGCUGCUGCAGGGACCCAGCGCCCUCUACUAUUGGUACCUGGUCACUGAAGGACAAAUCACUGAACUUUUCCUCCUCACCUACUUUGCCAUGGUUGUCAUGGUGAUACAUAAACAACGUAAAGGCCUCAGCCCAGACAGCAACGGCCUCUUCCUGUUCUGUAGUUUCAGUGUUACUGUGCUCCUGGUGGCACUGUGGGUGAUCUAUCUGUGGAACGACCCGGUGCUACGCAACAAGUACCCCGGACUCAUUUAUGUGCCAGAGCCCUGGUCCUACUACACCCUACAUGUCAAGGAGAACCACUGAACGACGUCCGUCCAGAUCUGUGUACCUCACUAAAAAUAUUUCUAAAUCAGAAGCCACUUUCGUUUGUCUGAACUGACUGACUUUUUUCAGCAGAUGACGAGUGACGAUUGAUGCAGGUUGUUGAUGUGCACAAACCUCACUGUUACACACAAGGAUCUGCCGGCUUCAGCCAUAUAAUCAGAGGCAGAUUUGUCUCCUCUUUCUAUUUCUAUAUUAAUACACACAGACUUUAACAGGUUGGUAGUGGGAUAUUCGGUCUGAAUUUGCAAAUCAGCUUGGAUCUUGUGACAUCUGAUACUUUGAUAGAUUUUAUAAAUAGUCCAACACAGCAGAUUAGCAGGAAUGACUGCAGCUUUUCACUGCUCAUAUCGAACAUAUUUGCUUUAAUGAGUCUUGUGGGGAUACAAUUUAAGGUUUAAGAUUAUUAAAAUGUUUAUCCCAUUCUACUUUUACAAACCCUUGUGUGUUAGCUAUCAGAGACACAUGGCUGAGCGAGCAUGUUUGUAAUAAUGAUCUGCUUUAAUUAGCCCUAAUGGGAGAGUGUGGGUUUAAAACAAAUGUAAGUUGGAAAGGCAAAUGUGUGGUCCUCUUUUUAAGCCUUUUAAAAGAUCAAACUGAAAUCUGAUGGUGACAUGACUGCAGUAUUAAACAAAAGGGUCUCUGGGUUAGUCAGAAAAGCAAAUGUACAAAAACCUUUUUAAAGUUAUAACCUUUAAAAAGAAACCAUUCUCUCAGGUAUUUAAGGUUUCACGCGUUGACCUACCACGCUUAGGUGAAAUAUAUAUUGUCAUUCAUUUAGACAAGAGAGCUGUGAACUAUUACUUUUCACUAUGUGGCCAUAGUAUCAUUAUAAUCCAGCCCUACUGCUAACAUGCACUCAUUGACAACAUACUGUUCUUUAUUGCACUAUUUUUGCCAUGACGUGUGUAAGUAAUGUACGACAGUGUUCACGAUGAAAAGUCUAUUGCACAGAUGCUUUUACAUUAUUCAAAAGGUCAAGGGAACAUGACCAGAACAUUUUGAGAUACUGAUAGAUUGUUACUUUGCUGAUUUGUUUCUUACAUGUUUAGUUAUUGCUCUUAAUGUAACAUUGUAAUUGUUACUGUUUUGUAUAAUACGGUUCCUUUGCUUUUUUGGUAAAAUACUGUUUAGUCACUGGUUAUAUUUCACAUACGUUUAAGUUCAUUAAAAUGUUGAAAUUGA